GAGGCACUUGGAGACAGACAGUGGGAGAGUUUAGAGUCCGGGUCGAUUUCAGGUUUAGGACUGCUGAAACUUGCAAACGAAACAAACUGUUACUACAAGCACUUGGGAUCCUGUGGUCUUGGAUAUCAUCUCAGAGAGCCACAGAGGCACGUUCCUGCUGACCUCAGUAGCUCAGGCAGCAGCAAUUGAAUGUGUGCUGCAAACUUGCAGGAAAAGAUUUGACUAGGAGUUGUUUGAAACCAUGGGCAAUUUCCAAUUAGAAGAUUUUGUAGCUGGUUGGGUAGGAGGUGCUGCAAGUGUAAUCGUGGGGCAUCCUCUGGACACAGUAAAGACCCGGUUGCAAGCUGGACAAGGCUAUAGGAAUACACUCAACUGUGUCUUCACCGUGUACAGAAAUGAAACUGUCGCUGGGUUUUUUAAAGGAAUGUCUUUCCCAUUGGCCAGCAUUGCUGUCUACAGCUCUGUGGUAUUUGGUGUCUUCAGCAAUACUCAGAGAUUUAUUUGCCAGCAUCGCUAUGGAGAUUCCAACCAUGCCUCAACAGUCUCAGACUUGGUUGUUGCUAGCAUGGUAGCAGGAUUUGUUUCAGUAGGAAUUGGCUGUCCUGUGGACCUGGUAAAAAUAAGGCUACAGAUGCAGACACAGCCAUUUAUUCAAGAUGGCCUGAGAGACAUGGGAAAGGCAGGAUUUCUAAGAUCUUGGAAGACAGACUGUGCUGCAUUGUGCUUGCUAAGGUUAUUUUCCCAAACAAAACUGAGAUGCAAGCUUGGAGAGCUCAAUUCAAACAUAAACUUAAAGCCCCAGGCAGCUGGGUUUCCUGUUCAGACUGCGUACAGAGGCCCAGUCCACUGUAUUAGCUCAAUCCUCCGGAAAGAGGGCUUAGCAGGAAUAUACCGAGGUGCUGGUGCAAUGGUUCUGAGGGAUGUUCCUGGGUAUUGCCUAUACUUCAUCCCUUACACGUUUCUCUGUGAAUGGUUCACCUCAGAUGGACGCAGGUCUCCUAGUCCCUCUUCAGUGUGGAUAGCAGGGGGCAUAGCAGGAGCAAUCUCCUGGGGGACUGCUACUCCAAUGGAUGUUGUGAAAAGUCGACUUCAAGCAGAUGGGGUUCAUUUAAACAAGUACAAAGGGGUCAUUGACUGCAUCUCCCAGAGCUACCACAAUGAGGGCUUAAAAGUCUUUUUUAGGAGCAUGACAAUCAAUGCAGUGAGAGGAUUUCCGAUGAGCGCAGCCAUGUUUCUUGGAUAUGAACUUUCACUCAAAACAAUAAGAGGAGUCCAAGCUGACAUCAAUCCUUGACAUCCAGUGUCAUUAAGAAGACCAGGCCAGUGUUUUGCUUCCCUGAGCCAAAUCAGCGGUGUGGAACUGAUGACAGCCUCAUUGGUGUUAGCAUACGAUAUGCUCUGAAGAGCCCCAUCAACAUAGUUUUCUCUCCUUUUCGUGGACCUAGUCAAUGAAGAGUGAGCUACAAAUCUGCACCAGCUAAAUCCAAAUCCAAAGAACAUUCUGUCCCUGAAAUCUUUCUCUCUGAAGUCCUAAAGCACCUUAACAAUUACUAUGGUUAUCUGGUUGUGAUCUAGCCCUCUGCCAGUAAUAUGUGUUGCCAGUGAGCCAAAGGUGAAACACAUUUUCCCCUGACAACAUAAGCAGUCAUCUGUUCCCAAAGGCUGGCAGCUGGUGACACUAGAGUUAUGUUGUGUCCUUUCUAUACAUCAUGCUCUUGACACAUCAUCUCCAAGAAUGUAGGACUUUUCUUUUUGUCAACAAAGAUGUUCCACCUCCUUAGGUAUCAAAGGAAAAAUAGCUUUGUACCCUGUAGUUCUGCAUUCCUUCCAAAUUGUAGCUUGGAUCCCAGGGACAAAAAAAUUGGUUAUCUAUCCCUGUCUUUGGAGAACAUUGUGCUACAUCACACCAUUACCAGAAGAGUUUGGUGUGAUUUCCUACAGUCUUUUCUCAAGAAGAUUUGGAGGACUUCCGUAACAUUAGGAGGGCACAGACUGAGGGAAGUUCAGUGGGAAAGCUAUGGGAAUGCUUAUUACUGUCUCUGAUUUGCUAGCCGGCGCUAUUAGUCCUCAUCUUUCAUGAGCACCACAUUUGAUACACUUUGUUCUCUGCUUUCCCAAAAUUUACUUAACUUUCUUUACAGACUUCUUGUACUCUACCUCACCAAACAUACUGAUUGGUAGGCCUCGCAAACAAAUGCCAACUCCUGCAGAACUUUUGAUGGAGGCUCUGGUUGAGUAGGGGCUAUAAGAUGAGGCCCAAAAUAUUUUCUCUAAAGCACUGGCUUGGCUUCAGACCUGCUGCCAGCAGGUCUAAUCCCAUUUACAGCAGCAGGUGUCAGCAUGAGAUCUUAAUUUGCUCUUCUGUGUCCAUAGCCUCCUGCCAAGGUCUUGUGUCCUUACAUUGCUGUGUCUAACUUCUAAAAAUCUUCAUGAUGUCUUUCUUAAGGGGCAAGUUUCUGAUGCAGAAAAUAGAGUAGCCAUGGCAGGUAAAUGCAAGGCUUUUGAUGGUACCUGUAGAUAGCAAGAGUGAAAUUGUGGGACCAAGAUAGAGAAAGCAAAGGGACAGCGUGUUCUGCAAGAAGAGUUGGGAAGGCUACUGCAAUAUGGAAGGUGGAUAGUUUGCUCAGUCCCAUCUUAGAGCUUCUCCUGUGGGAACAUAUAGAAAGAAAAGUAGUAACUGUAACCGGAGUGCUGAGGGAAUUAGCAGAGGUCAUUGCGGGACCCCUGGCACAGCUUUACAAGCACUUGUGGCGCUCUGGUGAGGUGCCAGAGGACUGUAAAAGUGCAAAUGUAGUCCCCAUUUUCAAAAAAGGGAGGGAGGAGGACCCAGAAAACUACAGGCCCAUUAGUCUUACCUUGGUCCAGGGGAACCUCUUUGAGAGAAUUAUCCGGGUGCACAUCUGUGAGAGGCAAGCAGGGGAGUGUAUGCUUAGGGGCAACUCACAUGAGUUCAUUAGAGGCAGGUCCUGUCAGACCAACCUGGUGGCCUUCUACGACCAGGUCACAAAAGCCUUGGACGCAGGUAUCACGGUGGACAUAGCCUUUCUGGACUUUAGGAAGGCCUUCGACACAGUCUGUCACCCCAUUCUCAUUAAAAAAUUAGGAGAUUGUGGUGUUGAUGUCUACACAGUCAAAUGGGUCACAAAUUGGCUGAAGGGCCACACCCAGAGAGUGGUGGUGGAUGGACCAGGAGGGAUAUGAGCAGUGGGGCCCCCCAGGGCUCGGUCCUUGGUCUCGCACUGUUCAACAUCUUCAUUAAUGACUUGGACGAGGGGGUGAAAAGCGCCUUGUUCAAAUUCGCAGAUGACACUAAGAUGUGGGGAGAAGUGGGCAUGCUAGAAGGGAGAGACAGGCUGCAAUUGGAUCUGGACAAGUUACAGGGGUGGGCGGAUGAGAAUAAGAUGGGAUUCAAUACUGACAAGUGCAGGGUACUGCACCUAGGGAGGAAGAACCAGUAGCAGACCUACAGGCUGGGCUACUCCCUUCUCGUCAGCACAGAGGCAGAAAAGGAUCUUGGAGUCGUUAUAGACUCCAAGAUGAACAUGGCCACCAAUGUGGGGGCGUGGUCAGGAAGGCUAACCGCACCUUGCAAUGCAUCUACAAAUGCAUCACGAGCAGGUCCAAGGAGGUGAUCCUCCCCCUCUAUAUGACAUUGGUCGGGCCACAGUUGGAGUACUGCGUCCAGUUCUGGGUGCCGCACUUCAGGAGGGAUGUGGACAACAUCGAGAGUGUCCAGAGGAGGCCACCCGCAUGAUCAGGGGUCAGCAAGGCAGGCCCUAUGAGGAGAGGCUAUGGGACCUGAACCUGUUUAGCCUCCACAAGAGAAGGCUGAGAGCGGAUCUGGUGGCCAUCUAUAAACUGGCCAAGGGAGACCAGCAGGCAAUGGGAUAGUCCCUGUUCCACCUAGCACUGCCAGGAGUUACAAGGAAUAACAGCCCUAAGUUGACAGAGAGUAGAUUCAGGCUAGACAUCAGGAGGCACUCCUUCACAGUCAGGGCAGCUAGGAUCUGGAACCAACUUCCAAGGGAAGUGGUGCUCGCUCCUACCCUGGGGGUCUCCAAAAGGAGGCUGAAUCUUGCUGGGGUUCUUUGACCCCAGCAUUCUUUCCUGCCCAUGGCAGGGGGUUGGACUUGAUGAUCUGCUCAGGUCCUUUCCGACCCUACCAACUAUGAAACUACAGGUUUUUCUUCCAUAAGAUGUCCUCCAGGCAGUGUGGGAAGGGAGUAGAGUAGCAGCCAGGAGACUGCCCCAUUCUCCUCCAUGGAACCAGAAGAAAGAAAUAGGGAGGUGAGGUUUCCCUUCCCUUAAUACUGAAGGGUAGUGCCCGGGUGCAGGAUCAGAAGCUUCUCCCAAGAACCAGAAAGCAGUUCUUAGAAACAUGGAUUUGAGGAGGCUUCCUCUAUCACAGGAGUCUUGAUUAGAUCUCUUCUUGAAUCCAAAGAGGAAUGGAAAUGGGACCAAGAGACUUUUUCUAUCACGGGACCUAAAGAGCCAUAGGAGCAAGGCCUAUGUCUUCGUCAGUCUCAGAACCUGAGAAGUUGCAAAAUUAGGCUGAUAGCAUAGGUAACAGAUUCAUAAGUUCUUCUUCUGGAUGUGGUGUUUACUGCUCCUGAGAAUAACAAGUAAUCCGUUUUCCAAAAAUGAAUGACAAGAAUGCAUGUACCCGCUUAGCACAAGUACUUAGGUUCAUUGGUUACUAUUAGAAAGUCAUUCUCCACAUUCAUUGCGCACACAACUUUUUAUUUUCUAAGUAUAUAUCACAUGGCCCCAGCUAGAAUAAUGGUUGGGAAUAUUAUUUUUUCAAUGCUAAAAAGCUUAUAUGUAACUUAUCUGCCUAUUUUAUGUAAAAUAAUUUAAAAUAGAAUGGCAUGUGAGGGUUUGCAAUGACCUGUGGGUGGUUCUUCCCUGCAGGACAUCUCUGCCUUUAGUCAGCCAGACUUUGGUGUUAACAAGAGUCCGGAUCUUGCACCAUUGAAGUCAAUGGGAGCUUUGCAGUUGACUUCACAGAGCACAGAACAUGCUUCUCACAGUCGCUACAUAUGAACAUGCCCAUUUCCUCCACAGAAAAUAUUUUUUCACAGUCAGUCUGGUUAAGCAUCCAUGUGGCUGAGGCCACUUUCACUCAAGGAUCCCAAUAAAACUUUCACAUUACUUACA